UUCCCCAGCACAAGCCUGCUGCAUUCUCAACCAUGUAGAGGCGGAUCAAUUCUUAGCAGAUCAUUUGGCAGUUUGGUAGCAAGAAAUCUGUCUAUAUCUGGUAUGGCACCUUCUAGAUUGAAUUGGUACAACACGUACUUGUUAUGUCCAUCAUGGUGACAGUCCUAUCCUUGACGACAAUGAAUUUGUAGUUAGGAUCUGGAUCACAAACCUCACAUGCGUAGUAUCUAGAGCUGGACUAACUCACUACCAGAGCCAUUGGACAUCAAUCGCCUCAACAGAGGCACAUUGAGCGGCAUCAAUGCAAGGAGAUCCCGCCAUGAGAUCCUAAAGCCCCUGUGUCACACUCGCAAGCUUACAACCAGCCGAGCAUAUCUAUUCAACCCCAGCAUGGAUCGAGUACAUCCCUCCACCCAUCGGGCAUUCAUUGCCUUUGGCAGCAAUGUCGGAGACCGCAUUGAUAUGAUCGAGGCUGCUUGCCGCGAAUUGGAGCGCGCCAACAUCCGAAUCAAGCGGACGAGCUCCCUCUUCGAGACAGCUCCGAUGUACGUCCUCGACCAGGAUCCCUUCAUCAACGGAGUGUGCGAGGUCGAAACCAGUCUAUCUCCCAUGGAACUGCUGGACACCCUGCAAGCCAUCGAGCUAGGCCUCGGCCGGAAGAAGCUCAUCGACAAAGGCCCACGCUCAAUCGACCUGGACAUCCUCCUGUACGACGAGCAAAUCUUCACGCACGAGCGUCUUGACAUUCCGCACAAACUGAUGCUCGAGCGCGACUUUGUCCUCCGACCCCUCUGCCAACUAAUCCCGCACGAACGCCCCCCCUUCCUAGGCCACUCCCAAAGCUACCUCAACCACCUUAAAACCCUCCCACCUCCAUCUCCCACCCCCCACCCAACAACCCCCAUAUCACCCCUCUUCCCCCCAAUCCACAGCACCAACCCGUCCCGCCCAACCCACAUAAUGGCCAUCCUGAACCUAACCCCCGACUCCUUCUCCGACGGCGGCACGCACUCCCCCACCGACCUAAGCACCCUAACCACAACCGUGCACAACAUGAUCCGCUCCGGCGCCACCAUAAUCGACAUCGGCGGCGAAAGCACCCGCCCGGGGUCCACGCCCGUCAGCGAAUCCGAAGAACUAUCUCGAGUGAUCCCCGCCAUCAGACACAUCCGAACCACCAUCCCAGAGGCCGCCCACAUCGCCAUCAGCAUUGACACGUACCGGGCCCGCGUCGCCGAAGAAGCCUGCGCCGCCGGCGCGGACAUCAUCAACGACGUCUCAGCGGGUCUCCUCGACCCCGAAAUGCUGCCUACCAUGGCGAGGACCGGAAAAUCAGUCAUAUUGAUGCACAUGCGCGGCACUCCCUCCACGAUGACAAAGUUAACCGACUACCCCAACGGAAUCAUCCAAGACGUAGGCAAUGAACUCCUCGAACGGGUCGCCGCUGCAGAAGCAGCGGGGAUUAGACGGUGGAGGAUGAUAUUAGAUCCCGGGUUAGGGUUCGCGAAGAAUGAACCUCAUGAUUUGACUAUCUUGAGGGAGUUGAACAAGUUGAGGACGGGGAUUGAGGGACUGGAGUAUUUCCCGUGGUUGAUGGGACCGAGUCGGAAGAGGUUCGUGGGCAGGUUGACAGGGGUCAAGGAGGCCAAGGAUAGGACUUGGGGGACGGCGGCGACGGUGACGGCGAGUGUUGCGGGGGGUGCGGAUAUUGUUAGGGUGCAUGAUUUUAAGGAGAUGUGGCAGGUUGGAAGGGUGGCGGAUGCGAUUUAUAGGGGGGUGGUUUGAUGGGGUGGAUGUGAAAAAUGGGGAGUUUUGUGGAUUUGUAUAUUCAACUAUAGGAUUGUGGAUGGGAUAAAGAUAUAUUGUGUAUAGGGGGGACGGGACUGGCGUAUCGGUUUCCCAGCUUGUUUGGGCGUUGGGAAGGGUUCAACCCCAGUUAACAUUGAUUGUAGAUAGUUAUUGGCAGGAUUGAGUUAAUUAUCCUGUGAUGAUGAGUACACAGUCAGGUAACAUCCACAUCUAUACUGAAAGCCAUGGGGGGUAAGUGAAUAGAUGAAAGAAUAUCUGUUCAGCAAUUUAUCCUAGCUACGCUAUGAG